GGUCGCCGUUGUGCUGAUGGACACCCAGGGCGCUUUCGACAGCCAGUCCACCGUCAAAGACUGCGCCACCAUUUUUGCCCUCAGCACCAUGACCAGUUCCGUUCAGAUAUACAACUUGUCCCAAAACAUCCAAGAAGACGACCUCCAGCAGCUCCAGCUCUUUACCGAAUACGGGCGUCUGGCCAUGGACGAAAUCUUUCUCAAGCCAUUCCAGGUAUGUGUUUGGUCAGUCAGGAGUAGGGAGAGGGAGACUGCCUGGGCCACCUCGGGCUCCAUUUAUAAUUCACCUGUGGAACUCACAGCCACAGGAAAACAUGAAAACUUUGAAAUCCAGGCAAAAGUUGUGAAUCUGAAAAGCUUUAAGUUGGCCGUGCUCGGAUUCGGGUUAGAAACUUGAUCCCGUGUCUUGGGUUCUAACCACU